AGAAGUGAGAAAAUAAAAUUAUAAAAAAGAAAAGAAAAGUAGGUAUGAAAUGAGAGAUGGAAGGAAAGGAGGAACUACAGCUCAUGGCAUAUAUUCCCCCAACAUAACCCCACUUAUGUUUCCAGAUAUGGAGUGAGAACACAGGACAGGCCAACUACUCCAAAUUAUAAAGAGAGCUCUAUAGCUGCCACAGAUUGGAUCAAAGCUUUUAAAGCUCCUAACCAACAUUUAUGUUGCCUUCUUCUAUCUCUCUCUCACAUCCACAAUACAAAAAUGGGUCUGCUGCAGAAUAUGCAAAAUCAGAAUAUGAAUUUGGUUUUGUCCACUGAUGCAAAGCCCAGGCUAAAAUGGACUCCAGAACUUCAUCAAAGAUUUGUUGAAGCAGUCAAUCAGCUUGGAGGGGCAGACAAGGCCACACCAAAGAGUUUGAUGAGGGUGAUGGGAAUUCAUGGACUCACUUUGUACCACCUAAAGAGCCACUUACAGAAAUACAGGCUAGGGAAAAGCCAACAGUCAGAAAACUGCACUGACAUUAAGCAAGAAGAUUACAAAGAGAUUCAGAGCAGUGAUGAUCAUUUCGACACGGAUAUCAGUGAUGAAACUCACUGUCAGAUUAAUGAAAGCUUGCAGAUAGCUGAGUCUCUCCAAUUGCAAAUGGAAGUGCAGAGGAAACUUCAUGAACAAAUUGAGGUGCAGAGACAUCUUCAGCUAAGAAUUGAAGCUCAAGGGAAGUAUUUACAAACAGUACUAAAGAAAGCACAAGAAACUCUUUCUGGGUAUAGUUCUUCUUCCGUGGGAGUAGAACUUGCAAAGGCUGAACUCACUCAGUUAGUCUCAAUGGUUAACAAUGGAUGUACCAGUUCUUCAUUCUCAGAAUUAACUGAAACAGGAACUUCAAGCCUAAAAUACAUAGAGAGGAAACAAAUGAGAGGCUCCAUGGAAAGUUCCUUGACAUCUUCUGAAAGUUCAGGAAGGAAGGAAGAGAAGCAACCAAUACAUAAGCAUGGUGGUGAUCCUGAAAAGUCUAAUACAACCUGUGUGGAGCUACCAUUGAUGGACAUCCACCCAGAAAAUAAGCCAUGGAAUAAUGUUACAAACAAUCAUGUUAUUGGGAGGAAGAGAAGCAGCAGUCCCAUUUCUUAUGGUAUCUGUGUUGAGCAACCAAUUUCUAAAAGAACACCAACACAAAGGGACAAAAGUGGCCAGCAUCUGAGAAAGUCUGGAUUAUUGGAUCUGAACAGAAAAUAUCAGAAUGACAUUGAUUCUGGUCCAAAAGUAAUAGACUUGAAUUGCAAGGGAAUUUAAGACCUCAAGUUUGAAACCAUCUGGGUUUAGUUAUGUGUAGUCUAUGGAGCAAACUUAAUUCCCAUUAAGUGCUAAUCUUUUGUUUAUAUACUAUGUACAUUGUUAUAUGUAUGGACCUCCAAGGACUUUUGAAAGUAUAUUCAUAUCAAAAGAAGGUAUAAUAUAUUGUGUGGA